AUUGAUGUCAACAUGUCAACAUGAACCUAUGAAGUGUUAUAGCUACUCCUAGAUUUGUACAUUUGAUGGUAUGACUACAUGGCUAGUAAUCAAAGCAAAGCCAGUCGUACAUUACGAAUACGGAGAAGAAAGGAGAAAUCAUCACCGAUCCCAUAUAUCAACCAAGAAUAUAUUGCAUUGUGCCAGUGGAUGAAAAGAAACCAAUUUGUCCCAAAGCAUCCUUUCUUGAGCUCGGCCGUUUUUCAGAGUGAACUUCUAUUUUAAUACUGGUAGAGGUUUGAUGACCCACCAGCCCAUCACUCCAGGCAGCAUCAUUGUAUCUAUCCCACAUCAUCUCCUCAUCACUCCACACACUGUGUUAACAAGUCUCAGAGGUCAUAUUAGGAAAUGGGACAAACGGUUAUCUUCUCAACAAGCUAUGUCAAUUUUUCUAUUAGCUGAAAAAGCAAAACAUGAAUCAUCAUUCUGGUAUCCUUACAUCAACAUAUUACCUAAGAAGUACACUACACCUUCCUUUUUCUCCGAGACUGAACUGAAUCUCCUACCCAAAACUGUAAGGUCACGAGCCUCAACAGAGAUCUCAAAAGUACACACAGCAUUUAAGUUGGUUACAGACUUUAUCAGGUCCUGCUGGCCUGAGUUAGCACCAGUUAUAACACUUCCAGAUUUUUUGUGGGCUUGGUAUUCUGUCAACACUAGAUCUGUGUACUAUAAACACAACUUGUGUGAAGAAUUCCUGGCUGACGGGAACCACCUAGCCCUGGCACCAUUCCUGGACCUGCUUAACCAUUCAUAUGAUGCUAAUAUAACUGCAGCUUUCAAUGUAAACAGUAAUUGCUAUGAGAUCCAGACUGAGAACACAUACAGGAAGUACGAUCAGGUGUUUAUAUCCUACGGUAACCAUGACAACGCUCACUUGUUAGUAGAGUAUGGGUUUGUUCUACCCAACAACCCUAAUGACGCUGUGGAAUUCAGUUUUGAUUCAUUAUUAGAUAUUGCCUUAAGGAUGGAGCAUACACACCUUAAAGAGAAAAGGGAUGUUUUACAGAAUGGUUGCUUUGACAAGUAA